AUGACACCCAAAACCCGCUCUGGCGGUGUCCCCGCGCCGAGCCGUGUCUAUCAUUCAACGCCCGCGCAGCAACAAGUACAGUUCCCUCCGCGCAGAAGGGUUGUGCGGACAUACGGCAAGCAGAAUCGGAAGAAACAAGCAGAUACACCUUCGAAACUCCUGCGACAACAAACCUUGACUCAAAUCGACUUUGUAUCGAGCUUUGACGACAAGGAUGAUCCUAUAGUGAUGAGCGAUAGUGAACUGGAGGAAAUGCGCUCCGAACAGGACAACGAAGAGAACCAAGGACAAGAGGCGCAGGAAGAUGAUGACCAAGAACCUGUCUCAAGUGGGAGGAAACGGCGAGCGACUUCGAAGAAAGCAUCCACCAAGACCGAUCGGACGAAACGACGACGGACGAUAGGCGACGACACAGAUGAACAACCCAAACCGAAGAAGGAGAAGAAAUCAAGCCGACGCAAGACAAUGGGAGAUGCACCUAGUUCAAAUUACCAUACACAAACCUUGACUCAGUUUCUGGGUCGAGACACAGCCCACGCCGAGUUGAUCAAGGACUCUGAAGACGAGGAAGAAGACGAUGAGUUCCAACAAUGGCUGGGGAAUCCUACAAGUCCGAGCCCUCAGCGUGUCCAGAAACACAAGAAGAUGUCGCCUGCCAAGAACCCGAAACCCCCAAAGUCGAUAUUGAAGCACAGGCCAGAAGAACCAGUUCCCCAGCGCGAGGACAGUGUGGUACCACAAACACCACAAAAGCAGACGCCUCACAAACGUGCCAAAUCAGCGGAGAUACCUUCUUCGAGCCAAUUGUCCGCACCGCCAAGUAUAUCGUCUACGCCUGCUAGUAUGAUGUUGGAACGCUAUGGUCCGGCUGGUCAGGUAGAGGCAUCACCAGUUAAAAGAAAAUUGUCUUCACCGGCUGUCCAAUCGCCGCUCAAGGAGCUGAGAGGGAAACCUCGAACCGCGACAACACCGCGACAGCAUGAACGGAUCAUACAAGAUUCUUACGCUACCGAUAGUUGGGGCUCUACUAACCGUACGCCUCUACGAGAACUACCCGUGGACUCACCAAACAAAACACCCAAGACACCUAAAGGCGGCAUCGAGUCUCUUGACACAUCUUCUGCGCUUGAUGAAAUGGAGACACCGACAAAGACUAGAAGAGGGGAGAGUACUGAACUUGGUGGGAGCCAAAGGAGUGGCAGUCCCACGCCAAGAAUGAAGCGAGUCUCGCCGGGUAGUGGGAAGAAGGUUAUGCUUGAAAUCCCCGACUCAGAAGAUGAGGACGACGAGGACUUUGGCGAAGAUGAAAAUGACGAGAAUACUUUCGUUGUUGGAGCUGAAACGCAGCUCAUUAUGAGCGAGAUCGCUUCAUCCGAGGAAGAGAUUGUCGGGGGGGAAUCCUCUAUACACCGUACGAGUGUUGUCAAACGACAGGCCUUUGCAACCAUUGUUUCAGAGGCAUCAUCAGCCUCUAGCGAUCGAGCAUCAUCUUCGUCGUUACCACCUCUUAGUUCACGACCUACUACAAUGCCCCCUCUCUCCUCGACACCCAAAGGCAAAAUACGUCCAGCAAAACCAGUUCGCAAGCCCAUUCACCGUCCUGCUCCACCGACCCAGACUCAGCCAUUGGAAUCCCAGCGUGUACCUUUGGCAACCCUUCAGUCUCUUCCUCCUGCAUCCGCCCGCACAGAUAUCCUGCUUUCACUUCCUCAAGACAUGAUUGAUGAUGUUAUUGAGGGGUACCAGGCUGAUCUCAUACUCAACUUCAAAAUACCCGCGCAGGUGGUCCGUUUCUGGCUGUAUGACGGAGAACUAUUACGCUUUAUGGCUUGCGCGGACCCUGGACGUGUCACCGAAGGCCCAGCUUGGCGCUAUCAUCUCAUCCAAGUUUAUGAGCUGAACAACCCCGUCGAGGGUGAUGAUAUGCGAGAAGAGGGUUGGAUCGAAGGCGAUAUCGACCGUUAUGUCUAUUUCCCCCCUGCUGUCGUAGGCCAGCUACUUUGGAACUUGCGCCAUGCCCUCUUCAAAAAGAACGCUACGGAAGAUGGCGCAACGCAGACUCAAGCUAUUGUGGACGAAGAUGAAGAUGACAGCGGUCGAGUUGAUCUCUUUGCCAACUCUUCGCAGCCUGUCCCUCGAGAUGAUAACCCAACGCCUACCCCAAGCAUGAGUGUAUCGCAACAAGUUGAAGCACAACUCAAAAGUGACAUUGCUCACUCAACCCAAUUCCCAAACUCGGACGAUAUCCUUGUUCCUUCGACACCGGAGGAAAAAGCCAACAACAACAAUAACACAACCCAUACGACCCCUCCAAUUGCUCACGUCCCCUCAUCUCCCACAACAAUAAAACCUCCACCCCGCCGUACCCCCUUCACAGCAUCCUCCUACCGCGCCUCUCGCCCUGCCGUGCGUCCCUCCCAAGCCACCACUGUUUCUCAAGCCUCUACCCCCGAAAAGCAACACUCAUCUAUCCGCCGCCCUGCACUGCACUCAUCCAGCAGCAUCGGGGUUCCCGAGGGUCUCCUAGAUGAGGAUGACGAGGACAGCGCGCUACGUCUUCCGCCUGGGUACAAUCCAGGCUCGUCGCAGCUUCUGACAAAGAGCCAGAUGCUGCCGGACAGCCUGUUACGUGAUGAUGAGAGGAUUCCCCCUGAGAUCUGGGACUCGGAUGAUAAUGAUGAUGAACGAUUGUAG